AGGUAGUAUGAUAUGACCCAGCAAAUACAGUGUGACAGUUAAAGUAACCUUGUAACACUGAUAGCGUUACAGUAGGUGUUACACUUGGUGUUACUAGGUAACGGCUAGUUGCUAGGUUACAAUGAGAUGCCUCUGGACGAUGGUAAAGUUUCAAUAAAGAGCGUGCAACACACUCUUAACAGGUUUAAAACAUCACUUCCUCAACUGUGCACACAACUAGAACAACAUGUUGAGAUCAUCAAGUCAGCUAAACAACAAGCUAACAUUCGGGCUCUCAACAGAGAACAGAGAGCUGCCUCCAGAACUUUUAAGAACUUGAAGAACUGUCUUAAGGAGCUAGAUAAGUUGGAGAACAAAGUUUUUUACUCUGAUCUGGACAAGUUUAAAUCAACAGCCGACCCGCUCAGACAGUCAGCUUACGACGGAAUUGUCAAGUUUGUUCAGUUAGACGAUGAUCUGGAUAAGAUAGAUCAGUCGGACCUAGACACACAAUCUGUCUCCACUCUACACAUAUCACAGUUACCUAGCAAUCAGUAUGAAGAUCACAUCUCUCAAGACGUCUCCAACUUACCACACUCUUCUCAAACAGGUGAGGAACACCCUGAGUUGAUGUCUCUACAAGAAACUAAGAGUAGUGAGGAUGACCUGGAACAGUUAGAGGCUACUGCACAGAGUUGGAACCAGCUGCAACAUGAUAUCCAGGACGUUGCAGAGAUAAUGGCAAGUUUAUCUAAGUUAGUAAAGACACAAGGAGAAGAGGUGGACACGCUGGAACUAAACGUGGAGAUUGCUAAAGAACGGACUACUCUCGGACUGUUGGAGAUUAUAAAGGCUCGGAGGGCUAAGUUUGCCGGGGUUCCUGUGGCUGGGGCUGUAGUGGGUUGUGUGGUGGGUGGUCCUAUUGGCAUGCUGGUGGGUUUCAAGGUUGCUGGAGUAGUGACAGCUGCUCUGGGAACAUUUGUCGGCUACAAGUCUGCCAAAUACUUGCGGAGAAAAGUCAACGAACGGGUUGAGGAGGAGCAGGUGCCGGGAAUGCUGAUUGCCCCGACUAUAGGAGCGUAUGAGAAUGAGGAGGAAUGUGGUUACCAUGGUAACCAGGAGGAGUAUCUAACUGAUGAUAGCGGUGAAUUUCAACAGUUUGCAGAGAGUGAGAUAAGGUUCUCAGAGAAAUAUAAGAAAUAGGGAACAUCCACACAAGCUACAUUCUGAUUUUGAAGAGGAAAUUUAUUGUUAAUUGUUUUAAUUUUGUUAAAAGUUUGUUUAAAUGUAUGGGAGUGUUUUCCCGUCCUCACGCCGCACAUUAUCAUGAUUCACUCUGAGUAGGCUGAGAUUAUCAUUCAAGCACGCUCAAUCAACAACAACACUAGCCGUUACCUGGCAACUACCUAACAGCACUAGCCGUUACCUGGCAACUACCUAACAACACUAGCUGUUACCUGGCAACUACCUAACAGCACUAGCCACUCAGUCACCUUCAAGCUAACAACUAUAAUUUUAUCCCCAACAGACAUUUAUUUUCGUUUGAUACAAAUGUUUUAAUUUAAAAUUACGUAAUUUAUAUUUUUAGGGAUUUUAGCCGUUUUUCCAAUGGCUUUGUUAAUAUGUGUAGUUGUUUUAAUGUUUGUAAUUUAUGUAAUUUAUGUGUUAUGAAUUUUUGAAUUUAC